AGGCGCCCGGUCCCGGCCGCGCGGAGCGGACAUGUGCAGGCUGGGCUAGGAGCCGCCGCCUCCCCCCCGCCCCGCGAUGUAUUCAGCGCCCUCCGCCUGCACUUGCCUGUGUUUACACUUUCUACUGCUGUGCUUCCAGGUUCAGGUGUUGGCAGCCGAGGAGAACGUGGACUUCCGCAUCCAUGUGGAGAACCAGACGCGGGCUCGAGAUGAUGUGAGCCGGAAGCAGCUGCGCUUGUACCAGCUCUACAGCAGGACCAGUGGGAAGCACAUCCAAGUCUUGGGCCGUAGGAUCAGUGCCCGUGGCGAGGACGGGGACAAGUAUGCCCAGCUCCUAGUGGAGACAGAUACCUUCGGGAGUCAAGUCCGGAUCAAGGGCAAGGAGACAGAGUUCUACCUGUGCAUGAACCGAAAAGGCAAGCUUGUGGGGAAGCCUGAUGGUACUAGCAAGGAGUGCGUGUUCAUUGAGAAGGUUCUGGAAAACAACUACACAGCCCUGAUGUCAGCCAAGUACUCAGGCUGGUAUGUGGGCUUCACGAAGAAGGGGCGGCCUCGCAAGGGUCCCAAGACCCGGGAGAACCAGCAAGAUGUGCACUUCAUGAAGCGUUACCCCAAGGGACAGGCCGAGCCGCAGAAGCCCUUCAAGUACACCACGGUCACCAAGCGUUCCCGGCGGAUCCGCCCCACUCACCCUGGCUAGGUCUGGCCACACUCACCCCCAGAGAACUACAUCAGAGGAAUAUUUUUACAUGAAAAAUAAGGAAGAAGCUCUAUUUUUGUACAUUGUGUUUAAAAGAAGACAAAAACUGAACCUAAAAUCUUGGGGGGAGGGGGGGCGAUAGGAUUCCACUGUUGACCUAAACCCCAUGACAAAGUGCUCAAGUAAGGGGACUGCUGUCAACCUACAGGUGCUUGCCUCUCUCUAGCGGGCAAUUCAAAACUCAUCCCCAGAGGAGGACUUGAAUGAGAAAACUGACGCUGCGAGAAACCAAAGUCCUUUCCCCCAAAGGUUCUGAAAGCAAAA